UGUCUGCUUACAGUUUCAAUUUUCAAAACUUCAUCUUGUGCAUUUUGUCCGUGACUGAUAUGGUUACACUACAUUUUUUAUUACUUCCCAUUCAUUUUAAGUGUGACUUUUCUAACUUUAAACUUAGCAUGUCUAUAGCAGAAUUAUUCGUCAUGAUGUUUGUAUACAUCUUUUAUGCAAAUGGAGCUUGCGAUUUAAACCUAUAUUUUGAGUGCCAUAACAAACGGUGCCUCCUUAAGGAAUUUGUCUGCGAUGGUGACAUGAAUUGCAUGAGAGGCGAGGACGAAUUUAACUGCAAUAGCCCUACACCAGUUGAUACACCGAGUCAGACGAACACUACUGUUCCCUACCCUGAAGCUACAAGCAAGCUACCUUCAUCCAGUACAAUACGUGCUACCAAUGCUAUUGCUAAAACGUCCGUUUACCCGUGUCACCCUACACCCACCUACACAUACAAGUUGGCGAUAGUUCACGACAAUGGCAGUACACUGGCGAUAUCUACUGGAGAAAGUGUGAACUUUACCCUUGCAAAUACGGGAUGUGAUUUUGCUAGCGUCUAUAGUUGUAGAGUUAUCUUCAACGAAAUGAAGUAUCUACAGCAUAAAAGUUGUAUUCCCAAAUCGUUACGACUUAGCGUUAACGGCAUACAUUACGUGGAUAAAACUGUAAUAACUGCUGAAAAAGGAUCUAGCCUUGAUAUACAAUGUAGUACUACACUAGAACCUUCCGUUGAAAAUGCUCCUACAGACAACAGCGCACCCCUCCAGUGUGAGGGCGACGCCACUGAGAACUGUUGGGUUACUGGUAGUGAGAUGAGAGUUGCUGUUCAGGUUUUAAACUGCAGUAGCUGUGAGCAGAACAGUUGCCAGGUCAAAGGUCAGAGUUCAUGUUUACAUCUGGUUAAAAACGAGACGAGUUUUCAGGAUGCUAAAACACAAUGUGCACAACUGGGUGGCUUUGUCGCAGAUCAUAGUGUGUACGUGGAUCAGGACGUCUGCGUACAAAGUAAUGAUAAUUUAUCUUAA